UUAGCAUGUGAUGAGUGGAGUGGUAAAUGGAAUAAUACGGAGUGGCCUGAAAAAUUAUCACCAACCUAUUGCGAUUCUACAAAGACUUUUACAUUCUUAUUCGAUCAAAUUGAAGAUACCGCUAUUUCUCCCUAUUAUCAAGAAGACCCUGAAGAAUAUAUGCUUAUAGCAUAUGUGGAAAAAUGUGAUGAUUUAUUAGUUCCGUUUAGGCUUGGGGCUAAAUUUGAAGGCCUUGCUUCACCUCAAUUUAUAAACGAUGAUAUAUGUAAAUAUGAAUUCGAUCGUCAAACCAACUUGUGUUUUAAAUUGGAAACUGAACUUAAAGAGGGUAAUACCAUUAAUCUUGUAAGACUUUAUAGUUUUACUAUUGCGGCUUGGAAACUCUGCUAUAUUUUAGAUUGUCUUGCACAUAAUCGUGAUCUUAUCAAUUUGAGAAAGGGAUUCAGAUAUGUAUAUAGUGGUAGAUGGUACCGUUCUUGUAAGCGUCCAAAAAGACGUAUUGGUAAUAUAAAAUAG